ACUAUAUUCCGUUCAAUAUCAUAAUCGACCAUCUACCUAUUCGCUAUUGUAUGAAAAAGAUGUAGACAUUACACAACCAACAUCUGCUUCGAAUGAUACAACAUUCACCGAUUUAUCAUAUUCUUCUGUCUCACGAAAUAGAAACAAUAAUAAAAAUACAAUGUCACAUGAUGAUAAUCUAGAAAAUUGACAUUUCUAUAGUAAAGUUACUCUUUAUCUAUACUAUUUACCUUGUUUAUGAUCUUUCACCAGAUCUUGAGCACGUAACAGAGUGAAUCUAAGAAUUGUAAAAAAAAACUAAAAUGUUUCAUUGCGUUAUAAUGUGUACGUACUUUUGAUUCAAUAGUCUAUCGAUAUCUGCUAAUAUCUGUUGUACACAUUGUUUAUCAACAAGUUGUGAAAGAAAUUGUAGACGAUCUUCGUUAUGAGAAUAAAUGCACGUCCACUGUUCUAAAGUUUAAAAACUACUGUUAAUAUGCUUGGAAAAUAUUUAUUUUUCUCAUAUUAUGAACAACUUCCGUACUAACUAAUCAUCAGAAUUGAUGUAUCUAUCCUGUCAUUCAUUGUUCUUUUCUCACUGUUUUUUGAAAUCUAUUUUGUUCAAGUGAUUUUCACUGUAAAAGAUAAUAUUUUUUUAAUUAUUUUCAUUCUUGAUAUCUUGUGCCAAUUAGCAUAAACAAGAAAUUGGUACUAUGAAUAAUUUGAUUAAUAAAUUAUUGAACUCAUAACUUUCUUUUGCUCAGGUAUACAAUCUAUUCAUGAGCGAAAAUUUUCAUACAUUACGAAUGAAGAAAUUUUAUGUUCAGUGUUAGGCAUACAUAGUAUCAAAAAAUUAUCAUUGUAUUACAUGCUUGACACAACUAAAGCAAGAUCUAGAAAAUUUUUCUAAUAAGAUAAAAGGUAAGGUGUGAGAUGUACGAGUCACUUGGAAAAGGUUGAGAUAAGAAUGAAAAAGAAAGAGGUAAAUGAAUUUUGUUUGAUAUUACUCAUGUGUUUAAAUAAUAGAACGAACUCUCAGAUCGAACAAACACAUAGUAUUAUUCUGAAAAGAAAACGAAAAUGAGUCAACAUCUUUACAAUAGCUUUCUCGAUGCAAUUAUUUGUAUAGGUUUCGAUUCUUCGACUUUACUUGCUUCAAAUGAUCUCUCAAUAUUUGACCGUGAUUUGAAAUCAAGUGUUCUAGCUGUUAUCACAUCGGACACAGCUCAUUAUCCAAAAUCGAAUAACACUUACGAUUCUACAUAUCCUCCUUAUCCGCGAACAAAUUCAAAUUCAACAAAUAAAUCCAAUGUAUCAAGUGGCCGCUCCACACCCUUGAAGCUAUCAUCUUCAGGAUCAAAAUACUCUCACCGUGAUGUUAUAGAACCCGAGGUAAUCGAAAAUGUACCAUUGUUCUGCUUUCCGGAUGGUAUGAAAGCGAAACACCAGUGUGAACGAGACAAAGUGCAUAGUUUUGUUUUAACAGCGGCUGAAGGAAAACGAUCAUAUGCACUAGCAUUAAUAUUCUAUCGGUCCUGUUCAGUGAAGAUGAAUGUUGAUGGUACAGGUGAGAUUAUUGAACCAAUCAUUCCACAUGAAAAAGAGGUAGAAUUAACGGGAAGACAAAGAACGGUAACUGAAUCAUUGUCUUCUCUGAGUCAACCAAAAUCUAAAAUACCCGUUCCAAUUGGUAUGACACCGCAAGAUCUAUUUGAUAAGAAGCAGUACACAAGUCGUGUUGCACGCAUGAAGGAUCAGCAUCGAUCUGAGACGAAUCUAAAUCAACCUCCAACUACUAAAACGAAGAAAAUGCCACUUGCAUUCGAAAAUUCGACCACCAGUGCAGCAGGUUCAGUAGCUACAACGAGACGGGGCAGUUAUUCAGAAAACCAACAUCACUACAGCACAUCAACAAUAUCAAGUUUAGCCAAACGGAUACCGUCAGCAUCAUCAAUUCCUACACUCUCAAGUAUCACGCAACCAAGGGGAAUGACUCGUCAUGCUUCAUUAUCAGAGAUGCCCAUAGCACCGGAUAAAACUGAUAUAUUUAUGCCAUAUGCAAUUGUUUUUAUAUCUCAACAACCUUAUUGGGCAGCUAUCCAUCAGUGCAUAUCAAUGUUGUACGACGAAAUCAAACAAAAACAAGCUCAAACAAACAGUAAAGAAUUCAAACAUAUUGUUCAAUAUUACGCUCAUCGAUUGUGCAACACUCCCACACCACCACCCAUUUCAAAUCGCAUUUCUCUAUCAUUAACUAUGUCUACUACUCAGUAUCUUCAAUUAACAUUGGAUCCAUCGUCCGCCUAUGAUAGACCUGUUUUGGAUUUGGAUCUGUCAACAUUGUUGACAACGUUGAAUAUUGGCAAUAUUUCUAUCAUUCUUGCUGCUCUAAUCACUCAACAACCUCUGGUGUUUUUCAGUCAAUCGUACGCACAAUUAGUGACAAAUCUAGAGUGUUUACUCUACUGUUUUUAUCCAUUAAAAUGGCUUCAAGUCUACGUUCCGCUGCUUCCAUCGAGUUUACUCGAGCUUUAUUUUGAUCAAGGACCCCCUGGAUGUUACAUCAUGGGCUGUCAUAGUAAACAUCAGCAUCUCAUUGACAAAUUGAAAACAUGCAUAACGUGUAAUCUAGACACUGAUCGAAUUCUCAUACCAGACACUCUCAAAUUUCGCCCGAUACCAUCACAGAAAUUGACCAGUUUUGUUGAACAAAUGACACAGAUUUCUGACGAGAUUAAACAAAGAACAGUCGGCACUCUUCAAUCACCAAUGAAAAUGAGAAUGGAUGAUUUGAGAGAAUAUGAACGAUUGUUGAGAACACGGAAUAAUGAGAUGAUCUCAACGACAUUUUUAGAACUCAUGGUCGACAUUUUUGGAGACACUCUUAGCUGCAUUCGAAUUGCAGUAAAAGAGAAAUCACCAAAAGCAAGUCCCAAUAGUACCAUGUUGAAGGAAAAAAACAAACAAGGAGAAUCAGCACGAAUGGCUACAGAACCAUCUGAAGUGUUUCUGAAAAGUCAAUAUCUGAAAACCAAGAAUGAGAGCGAAGUUGAAUUUUACACAUUAUUAGUAGAAAGUGUUGCAUUUCACACAUUUAUCGAAGAACAAUACCAGACUUUAGUCACCAAUCGUGGAUCGAACAUUUUUCGUGACUUAUGGGAAUCUAGACGAGAAAUGUUAGAAGAUCGAUUUUUUGACAUGAAUAAAGAUGAAGAUGUGAGUAGAAAUUCCCUUCAACCUCGUCAAUCAACACCCUCGGUUAUCAUUCAUUUACCAUUACCAGAUUGGACAUCAGCAAAUCAAUCGUAUUACAUCGAUUCCUGCAUCGAUCACUUCACCAGAGAGGUGGAAGCGGCGAAGCAUGAAAUGCCCCAAGUAUUACCAAACUACUAUUAUCUACGUGGAUGUUGUUUGAUUGCACGCAGUCGUCCACUAGAAGGUUUACAAGACUUCUAUUCCAUCACAAAUCCUGAAUUGUUUCCGCGUAGUUAUAUCGAAUCAGACGUUAUAACGCGUUUAUCACAAGAAAAUUUGAAAAUAUUUUAUGAAGAAGAAUUUUAUACAAAAUGUGAACAAUGGAAAAAAGUGAAACCUCCUCUUGAUCAAUUUUCAACCGUUGAAUUGAGCGACUAUCAACUACUAGAUGAAGAAGAACGAAAUGAUUGGUGCGUAACAGAUGAAUUCGUUACAUGUGCGCAAUUUAGUGACAGAAUACAGCGCUUAGGAAUAGUCAUUGACCAAGAGACAACCACAAGAUUAUUUAAUGCUUUACAUCAUUGGACUGAAGUAAAACGAAAGACGAUAUCGAAAAAAGAAAGAAAAAAGGAAACAUUAACAAAAACAAGCUCAGUAGAUAUACCAUCGAUCACGAUAAAGAAAUGGGCAUCUCAUUCAGCAUUGCCAUCAGCAGAAAUAACUAUGAGUGAUGAACAACCAAUGAGACUUCCAGGAACAUUAUUUGAAUCCUUUUUGGACACUUGGCAGAAAAAACAAGAGGAAAGGGAACGAAUGCGAAGAUGUUUACCAAACGAGGAACACAAUCCAGAAAUGAUAUUAAAGGUUUCGUCUCCUGGCAUGAAAACACCUCUUGGUGUCGGCUACAUUAUACUAACUCAAAAACGUUUAUAUUUUCUUGCUGAAACUCGACAUCAAUGUGUUUUAUUAACGGAUAUUGAACAUAUUAUUACCACUGAAAAAUUUCAACAUUCUAGUGCCUUUUCAUCGAAUAAACCCGGUUUAAAAAUAAUGGUUUGGCAACAUGUAAUCUCAAAAGAUGAUACAUUGACUGCAUCUGCACCUAACUUGAAAGAACAAACACUGAAAUUAAUAAUGAAAGAGGACAGAGAUUUAUGGUUUACAUUGAUUAAUGAAUUGUGGAGCGGUUUAACAAUUGCAAGAGAACAACUAGAUCAUCUGAUCAAACAAAAAGCAUCGACAAAUAUUCUAUUAAUGGAUGCAUUGUCAGCUAUCACAUAUGACAAUUCAAAACAACAUAAAAAAUAUUCUCAUUAUAAUCAGGCAACAAACAACUCUGAUAUCUUGAGAUUAGCGUGUGUUGAAUUAUGUGUGUACACAUCGAUGAAAGAAGGUGGUUACAGAUGUAUGACGCAAGAGACACGCAAUGCUCUGACAUAUCGUAUUCAACCAUCAUUACGUGAAAAGGAAAAACAAUCGAUUGAUGCGUUAAUCUUUAUCGAUGAUCAGGAGCAUCCAUCUUUAUGGUGUGCUUAUGGAACAAAGUUGAAGGUUUACGAUGCUCAAACAUGGUUCUGUGAAAAAAUCAGAUAUUCGUUUCUAUCCAAUAUCACAUGUUUAUGUUUGGAUGUUAUUAAAAUGACGUUAUGGAUUGGAUGUUUAAACGGAGAACUACUCAUUGCUGAUAUUCUAACACGAACGGUUCUUACUGAACUUACACCCUUACCGGCUACAUGUCAGUCGAUGAGUUAUGACAUUGUAGCUAAUCAAAUGAUAACAGGAUGUAAUACUGGACAAAUUAUUAUAUGGAAUACGAAUACAUGGAAACGAGUAAUUCAAUUUGAUGUUCGACAAGUAUGCAGCGAAUUUAUAGAAGAUAAUAGUCAACAGAACUACAAAAGUCAAGCAACUCUAACGCUAAAAACGCCAGCAGCAACGAAUAGAAAAUCGACCUUCAAUGUUCAAAAAGGAGCAACUAAGAACGCAUCGAAAUUCGAUACAGGUAUGAGCAAAACAAAAAUAUAUAUUCAUCGAUGAAACCACAAGUGUUUGAGGUUGUAUAAAAUAUUAUCUACAGGGUGUUACAUAACCUUUUUCUCCCCCCCCCUACACGACCUAAAGGACAGAUAAUAUCAGAAAGUAUUUAUACCAGGUUAAAGCCCAUCAAAAACUAGAUUUAUGAGUGUAAUUGAUAUUCCGUAUGAUGCUUAUUGGCUGUAGAAUUAUG